AUGGUACGAACGAAGCGCAAAGGAGCGAUAUUCUGGGUAUCGAUAGAGAGUGUGACCGCUGUUGUUGGCCAGGCGAGCCGCCGUCUGCAAAAGAGUCGGCUGUCACUUCGGAUCACAUCGGUUGAGCUCGACACUCUCUUCACACAGUGUACGACUAGCAGUUCAGACGAUGCGCACCGUACCGUCAAAAGACACGUCUUCGACAUAUGGGCCAAUACGACUCAAGCUCAUCGUCGCCUACAUUGUCCACACAUUCUAUACCGAACAUUUGAAUCCUCUUCCAUUCUACAGCAUUCGACAUCGUGUCUUAGUGAUGACAAUCGAGCAAAGAAGCCUAUCUAUAACUCAAAUCGGCGCGUCAACACGCUCUCGUACUAA